GUGUGCUCUGACUAUUUAGUUAUUUAAACGUAAAUAUUCAAUUAAACCAGAAGGGAAAAUUUAUGGUAAUUGAAGUGCAAUAUGCACGGACACUUUUUGAUCGUAGGGUUGAUCCAGACCCUUUUCGUGAUUGUCAGUAGCCUGGACCAAGAUACCAUUGCGAAGCUCAAAAAGUUUGUAAGCUGCGAGGAUAGGGAUUACCUUCCCAAAAAUGGGAUCUAUAAAGAUUACUGGGUACUAGAAAACUAUAUAAUGGCGGAGCAUGGUCCACUUUCCUGCUUUUCAAAUGUUACCUAUACCAGUCAUUCGGAUUAUACGUAUCUGGAUAACGUAGUUCCCCUUCUGGAACGCUGGCGAUCUCCUCUUAGCUUGGCUAUUUAUGCUCCCGGAUCGGAUUUCGAACCCACUGUAAACAGUAUUUUGUAUCUGCUGCAAUGCCAUCCUGGCAGGAACUUGGUUCGCGAACUCACCAGCUUUCAUCUAUACUUCGAUGUGGAGCAUCUGCCACAUGUGGUUCUCUCUCCGGAAAAAGCUAUAAAAAUAAAAGCCAUCUGCAAAGCUCCUCCGCCUUAUGAGAAUGUGGCUAAAAAGGAUCUGUACAGAUCUCAGAGGAAGCUCGAUUAUCCCGUGAAUAUGGGUCGCAAUAUUGCGCGGAGGGCUUCGUUAACUCAUUUCGUUCUGGCCUCCGAUAUCGAAUUAUAUCCCUCGCCAGGAUUGGUUCCAGCUUUUAUGCACUUUUUGGGCCAUCAGGUGUUUGGGAGACCAGGACAGCAACCGACGUCUCCAGUGGUCCAUGUGCUGCGUAUUUUCGAGGUGAAGGCCAAUGUUUCAGUUCCGAACACCAAACCGGAGUUGCAAAAGUUGAUAAAAUCGAAGGAAGCGGUUCCCUUCCACAUGAAAAUCUGCUCACUCUGUCAUCAGGGACCAAAAUUGGGAGAGUGGAUAAACGCCACCGUUCAAUCGGAUCACCUGGGAGUGUUCAAUGUGGGUCACCGUUCCGAACUGGACAAUAUGUGGGAACCGAUCUUCAUUGGCACCGUCGAGGAUCCACCGUACGACGAACGAUUAAGUUGGGAAGGUCAGAGGGAUAAAAUGACGCAGGCUUAUGCCAUGUGCGUCCUGGACUAUGAAUUCCACAUCCUGGACAACGCCUUCUUGGUCCACAAGCCCGGCAUCAAGCAACCAGCUAAAACUGAAUCACUGUUCUCCCAAAAACGUCACACCAAUGGAAUAAUUAAUAAAAAAAUUAUUAGGGAACUGCGCUUCAAGUACGGUUACCGAAAAGGAUGUGUCAUCUAAAAAGCGGAUUGUUGUUUUAAAUUGUAAAUUGUCAAAUAAGUAUGUGAAAAAACGGAAACGUAAAACUCUGUUUGAUGGUAAGCUAAAAACAUUUGUUUUCAGACAUUUCAGUCAUACCAUUCUGUUGUAAAAAAUUUUAUGUGUUGAAAUUAUUGUAAAACGGUCGAGUAGUUUCAUACAUAUGUUCAUAUGUUGGUGGAAAUAAAAAAUUUACAUUUAAAACCAAA